AGUCGGAUUUGGGCGAUGGCGGAGUUCGGUAACGGACUAACGGAGGAAUCCCUACUAGAUUCGGACCCCGGACAUCCCGAGCUGGAGGACCCGGGAGUCGGCGAUGAAGAGCCGGGGUUAGAGGAAGGAGAGGCCGCGAUUGAAGACCCGGAGCUGGAGGCAAUCAAAGCCCGGGUGAGAGAAAUGGAGGAAGAGGCCGAGAAGCUGAAGGAGCUCCAGAACGAGGUGGAGAAACAGAUGAAUCUCAGCCCCCCACCAGUCGGCCCCGUCAUCAUGUCCAUCGAGGAAAAGAUGGAGGCAGAUGGCAGAUCUAUUUAUGUCGGAAAUGUGGACUACGGUGCCACGGCAGAAGAGCUGGAGGCUCACUUUCAUGGCUGCGGUUCAGUAAACAGAGUCACCAUCCUAUGCGACAAAUACACGGGACAUCCUAAAGGGUUUGCUUAUAUUGAGUUUGCAGACAAAGAGUCUGUUAGGACAGCCAUGGCUUUGGAUGAGUCCCUUUUCAGAGGAAGGCAGAUAAAGGUCGGAGCAAAGAGAACAAACAGACCAGGCAUCAGCACCACAGACCGUGGCUUCCCGCGGGCUCGGUUCCGAUCACGGGGAGGAAGCUUCACGUCACGUGCACGCUACUACAGCGGCUACACGCCCCCCAGAGGCAGAGGACGGGCCUUCAGGGGCCGAGGGCGAACAACAUCGUGGUAUUCCCCUUACUAAAUCCCCACCCUCCCCUCCUUCCUCCCCCCACCCUUUACUAUCAACCCUCCCCCCCCCCUCUACCUCUGUCCCCCAUUUAAAACAAAAAAAAAAAACAACCCACACACACUCAGUGAAAGAGAAAUGUCCUUCCCCAACAAUAAAGGAAGAACACCCCCCCUCAGAAGAGAGAGAGAAAAAAAGACAAAAAAAAAAAAAAAAAACUCCUGGACAGAGAGCCUGACUGGCC